UUUAUAAAAUUAAAGGUAAAUUUAUAUAAGUUUGAUGGAGAAUAUGCCUAAUUUGUUUUAAUAAGAAAAGACAUUAAAAUGUAUUCAAUAAAAAAAGGACAAAAAUGGAAAAAAAUUGUUCUAGUGGAGUUAAAAACACUUGGAAAUAUUUUAUAAAAAAUACGACUUUGUUGUCUUAAUAGAAUUUUUAUCGGACUUAAUGGUUCUUAUGAUUGAAAAUUAGGAUUAAACUAUAAUUCUAAAAAAAAAAAAAUUAAAUAAAUAAAGAGAGAGUAUUGAAGUUCUCUCUAUAAUAUACAGUAAAAAGCGACUCCCAUAGAAAAACCAUUUUUGCGGACACUCCACGUGUCUUGUUCUAUUCGAAUUCGGGCUGUCUAAAAUACGUAACAAUCAAAUGUCAAACUAGCCGUUAUCAGUCGGUGACCCCAACCAGCUCCGCACACUUUCUUGUGUCGUCUUCAAGAACCCUUUCCAUUCUCAAACACAUUCGCUUUUCCGAUCUUCUCUUUUCAAUCUUUCUCUCUCUCUGAAGUAUAAACUUUAAAAUGUUCACUGAAGGAUUGGAUGAAAGUGCAAUCAACUGGAUCAAACAGGGAUCGGAUGUAGAGCAACACCAUGCUCGAUCUCCGUUAACCGAGAAGUUCGAUCAUGAAUACCCACUUCCAAAAUCUCCUCUUGCGUACCAUAGUAGUAAUUCUUACAUGUCUACCCAUGUUUUGCCUCCCCUGAAAUUCCAUUCUAGCCUUCUGGGUCCCCAUAACACAGCCACUCUUGGUGUGGAUAGUGAUGAAGAUGACAAGGAUGAUGAGAGUGUGGCUUCGGGUCCGGAUGAUCUAGACGAGAAUUACUCUGAGGAAGAAGGAUUGAGGGAUAGUGAUACUGAUUUUUUGGAAAAGCCUGUUGAACAGUACUAUGAAGAAGAAAUAUUUGGGGCAAGAUCGAAUACAAAAUUGAAUCAAAGUAAAGUUGCUAGAUCAGAGGGCCGAUAUGUGUUGAAUAGAGGGGAUUCAAAGGAGAGUCUUCGGAUUGAAGUACCGGAAAAUGUAAGAAGAUUUACGGAUGGUGAAUCGGGUUUUAGGGGAUGUGCACAGAGAAAUGCAGUUCCAGGUGGCAGCUGUCGUGUGCGUGAAAAGGUUCUACUACACAAUGCAUAUGGAACUCCUACUAGUAACUUUAUGCCCAAUGAUGUAGCAGACAUGGGAACUCCAAGCGCACCUCCCAUUAUGGAUGUUGAAGGAGAAGGAAAUAAGUCUGAAGUCGAAAGAGUGGCAGGAAAGGAUUCUGGCAGUUGGGCCGAAAUUGAGCAAACUGGCAAUGGAUUUCGCAUGUCAAAAGAAUCAGUAGAGGGUUUUCAUAUUAGUAAAGAUGACUUUUCAGAUUGCAGAGCUCAAUCUCCAAAAAGUGAACUAGGUGAAAGGGAAAAUAAAAUGGAAGCACCAGCACCUUAUUGGCAAGCCAACUUACUGGAUCAAUCACCCCAUUAUAGCACCGGUGGACAAUAUGCAUGGCAGACGCUUAUAGCUUAUGAUGCAUGCAUUCGCCUAUGCUUAAAUGCAUGGGCGAGAGGCUGCACAGAGGCGCCUGAGUUUUUACAUGACGAGUGCUUGGUUCUUCGAAGUGCAUUUGGACUGCACAAAUUUUUGUUGCAACCUCGAGGUACACAACUACCAGAAAGGAGCACUGCCAGGAGUACAGAACAAGCAUGCCCUCUGAAACCAGAGAAGGUAGUUGGAAAAAUUCGGGUGGAAGUGAAAAAGCUUCGUAUAAUACCAAGGCGGAAACUUAAGAGCACAUUCUCGCAGCGGGGGGCAAUCUAUAUCCAAGUGGGAGCAGAAUAUGUCCGGCAUGUUUCAUCACUUGUGAAAAGUGGCAUCAAUUCUCUUAAAGUAGCCUCAUUUGCAAUGACAUCUGAAGAACCACUAUCAUGCUUAGUUCACCUAAAGAGUGCUACAGAAGAUAUUCAAGUCGAACCAGGUUCUGCUAUUUCCCUGCGACCUGGAACUGGUGAUUACCAUGUCUUUUUUCCAGAGAACCAUGGAGAUGCUCUUUUACUAGAAGUCCAGGAUAUUAAGAAAACUGUCCAAGGACGAGCUACAAUUUUAAUCUCAUCCUUGAUGGAAAAUCCUAAUGACAGAAUUCGGUGGUGGCCUAUAUAUCAUGAUGACCAAGAAUGCGUCGGGAAGGUCCAGCUUUCCAUUGGUAGUACAAUUACGUGCAAUGAAACUACCCACAUAAAGAGUGGACCUGUUGUGGAGACACUUGCAUAUGAUCUACUGUUGGAGGCUGCUAUGCGUGCACAACAAUUUCAUUCACGCAAUUUACGGCUAAAUGGACCUUGGAAAUGGCUGUUGACCGAAUUUGCUGACUAUUAUGGAGUUUCAGAUUCAUAUACUAAGCUGAGAUAUCUUUCAUGUGUGAUGAAUGUGGCCACUCCCACAAAAGACUGCUUAGAGCUUGUGCACGAGUUGCUUGUACCCAUCAUAAAGGCCAGGAUUGAGAAAAGUUUAACACGACAAGAGAAAAGUAUAUUAUUAGAUUGCGAAACACUGGUUGAGAGAAUCUUAGCAAGUGUUUUUGAGAACUACAAGUCACUAGACGAGAACUCUCCUACAGGUUUAGCGAACAUCUUUGGUCCAAUACCAGAGGCUGCUGCACCAGCUCUGGCUGCUGCCGUGCAAGUAUACACGCUUCUUCAUGAUAUACUUGCUCAAGAUGCACAGACAAUGUUGAAAAACUAUUUACAGACAGCAGCAACAAAGAGGUGCCGGCAGCUCCUGGUAGAGACUGAUGAGUUUGUUUCAAGCAACUCUGAUGGUUUUCUUAUGGACUCCAUAACGAUAUCCACAGCAUAUUUGAAGAUGAAGAACCUGUGUAUAAACAUAAGCAAUGAAAUUCAAGCAGAUAUUAAGAUCCAUAAUCAGCACAUACUCCCCAGUUCAAUUGACCUGUCAAGUAUCACUGCAACGGUUUAUAGCAGUCAGUUGUGCAAGAGGCUUAGAGGUUUUCUCACUGCAUGGCCACCAUCUAGCCCCCUGCCACAUGUGAAUGAACUUCUGAUAGCAACUGCUGAUUUUGAAAGGAAGCUCGAGUCAUGGAGUAUCAGUCCAGUGCAAGGUGGCGUGGACUCGAGGAACUUGUACCACAAUUACAUAAUGGUGUGGGUACAGGAUAUGCAACUUAACUUACUUGAACUUUGCAAGGGAGAGAAGGUGCCAUGGUCUGGAGUAAUCACAAAUCAUUCUACCUCACCAUUUGCAGAGGAAAUGUAUGAGAAAAUCAAAGAAAUGCUAACUAAUUAUGAUGUUGUGAUCAACCGUUGGCCUCAAUACUCGUUGAUUUUGGAAAAUGCUGUUGCAAAUGUGGAAAGAGCAAUCAUAAAAGCUCUGGAAAGGCAGUACAGUGAUAACUUGACUCCCUUGAAAGCUAGCAUUCCAAAAAGGCUUGGUAUGCAAGUUCAGAAGCUGACAAGAAGGCAAUCAAAUGCAAUUCAUACCUUUCCUAAUCAAUUGGGAACUUUCUUGAACACCAUCAAGAGAAUCCUCGAUGUUCUACACUGUAGAGUUGAGGACAUCUUAAAGGCUUGGGCAUCCUAUCUUCCCGUAGUUGGAGACAAGAAGUCACUUUUCGGGGAGCAGAUGAAUGGAAUUACUGUUCUGUUGAGAACUAAAUACAAAAACUACAUGCAGGCAACAGUGGUGAAGCUUGUUAACAAUAUGCAAGCAAGUCGGAGCACACGGCUAAAAAGGAUCCUGGAGGAAACAAAGGAAGCAGACAGAGAAACGGAAGUCCGCGAAAGGAUGCAAAUGCUGAGUUCACAACUCGUUGAUUCCAUAUCCAACUUGCAUGAAGUGUUUACAAGUCGAAUAUUUGUUGCAAUCUGUCGUGGAUUCUGGGACAGAAUGGGACAGAUUGUACUGAAAUUUCUAGAGGGCAGAAAGGAAAAUCGUGUAUGGUACAAUGGAUCAUAUUAUGCUCUUGGGAUUCUGGAUGACACUUUUGCUUCCCAGAUGCAGCGAUUGUUAGGAAAUGCACUGCAGGAGAAAGAUAUUGAGCCCCCUCGUUCAAUAAUUGAAGCACGGUCUAUUCUUUGCAGAGACACAACAAAUGCCACAGAUACAUCAACUUAUUUGUAUUUCUAGGGAUGCAUCUACAUCAUUGUCGAGAAUCAAGCACGUGAGCAUAGGAAUCUAUUAAAUAGUUUCAGUUGGGAGUUUUUUUUUUUUGAUCUCUAGUAAAUAUAUGUACGUAGUGCCAAUUCUUUUGUAUGGUAACAUUUUUUUCCCUCACCCUCAAUAAAAUCUCUAAGAGUUCCCAGGAGAAAGGUUUUUUUUAUCCUAAAACUGCACUGAAGCUGAACACUUGAUUAAAAGU